CGGCAAAUUUAGUACAUUAUAAAAGCCGAAUGAUUGGCAACACUGUCACAUAUAUCAAGUAAUUUUAAAGAGACGCUAAAUAUCAUUUGUAUGCGUAUUUCCCAAGCGCAGAAGCGUCUACAGCUCGCCAAUACAUUUUCAAAAAAGUUUUGGAUAUAUUGAAAAGCUCAUGGAGAACAAGUCAUCGGUUUCAGCGCUUCAAGAAUAUUGUGCUCAGGCCAAGACUGGCAAUCCUGUAUACGACUAUAUUGACGGCGAAGACGGCGGUUAUGUCUGCAAAGUCGUUCUGAUGGACAUCGAAGCGUAUGGAAAUGGACGCUCCAAGCGUGAUGCCAAGCAUUUAGCUGCCGCCAAUAUAAUGCGCAAGUUGCGAAAGCUGCCGGGCUUUGUUAACUUGGAUGCAGAUGGUGACGGCGAUGGGCAGGACAACUUUAAUUUAAACAGCGUGGCCGACGAGCUGACAAACAUGAACCGGGACAUGUUGAAGGAGCUGCGUGAUUAUUGCGUACGUCAUGAUAUGCCGCUGCCUAUUAUUGAAAUAGUGCAGCAGAGUGGCUCACCAAAUGCGCCCGAAUUUGUGGCCUGCUGCUCCGUGGCCUCCAUCAAGCGUUAUGGCAAAUCUGACAAAAAGAAGGAUGCACGCCAGCGCGCUGCAAUUGAAAUGCUGUGCAUAAUAUCGAACGAUUCGGACAAAGCUAGUCCAGAGACGCAGCUGGUUAGCACCAAGACGGGAAACACUAGCGAACUGGAGAGCACCCUUGAGGAUGUAGAGGCCGAGCGUCGUCGCAAGUUCAAAACAUAUCGCGAACUGACCGAUGCAGGUGGCGAAGAUAAUCAAUCUGUCAAACUAUGCGACCGUCACAAUUACUUCAAAUCCUUUUAUCCAAAAUUAAAGGAGGCCGCUUUUGAGGUUCUGAAUUCCACUGACCAUGUUUCGUCCAAGGCAAAGCUCUUGGAUGUGCUCGGCGCACUUAAGCUAAAUCCACGCACCACAGCGCUGGAAGCAAAGUCAAUGGAACCUGUGCUGCAGAUUGAAUUGAAUUGUGAUUACGAUUGCGUGUUUAUUGGUCCCGAGAGCAAGAUCUAUAAUGAUAUGAUCCAAUACUUUCGUGUUAUGUUGGUUUAGACUGAAUGCGAUCAGAAAUGCUGGUGUUUCUGUAUAUAUAACAUAUAUUUCAACUAAUACUUAAAACUAAGCAAACGUGUUAUUUACAAUAAACACUUGAAAUAAUGCA